AUGAGCUACUACAUAUGGGGGGAUAAAACCGAUGAAGAGAUUGAUCUAGAAAGAUCUGGAGAUAUAUGUCUUCUUCAAAGAUACCGAUACGCUACCUUCGCCGACGAAGAAAACCCAAGACAAUGCCCCACCGAUCUAAAGGGGCUAUUACAGACAGAGAUUGCACUUCGGGAGAAUACUCAACGCGAGAUAGCCUUAAAAGGGAAAAUAGAGGAACUUGCUAAGGAAGGCAUCAACGUGACUGUUGUUCAAGACUUACAGGAGGACUUGUCGACACUUUCGAAGGAAUAUUGGACCUUGGAACGACGUUGGUGGAAGAUUAGGUUUUCAUUUGAGGACAGCCCGCUGACCAGAGGUAUCGAUUACUGGCGUCCACAGCCAAAAUGGUAUAUGCAUCGAGUACUUUGGGAAGAUUGCGUUGGGAGAGGAGGCUGUUGUGGUAGAGACUGUGGAUGCUGUUCUCAUCGCCAGUCAGAACGAAAAUUUGCAGUUGGUCAUUGCACCGUGGAGUGUUCUUGUUGCGAGAAAGCCCGAGGGUUUGCACUCGACCUAGAGCAAAAAUCCCAAAUCCAGGAUUCCUUCAAGCUUGAUUACGACGGUCCACGUGCAUGGUAUUACAAUCGAAUCAAAACCGCUGCUCUGCUAGGGUUGACGGCCGGUAGUUACGAAAACCCUUUGGAUCUCAUCGUUGACUUGCCACCAAGAUAUACACCUCCUCUGAGAAAUCACGAGGGAGCAAUUAGAGGAACCAUUUGCGGGAUCUUCGUGCUGACGUUGUCCAAGAGUAAGAGCCGGUCAACUGUUUCAGAAAGUCAUAUUUGCUGCUACUCUGUUCCCAGUUUUGUGUCGCUGUCAUCACUUGUUAGCUUACAAUCUAUGGAUAUUUCCGAGUGA